UUACCUCGAUUUAUUUUGGCGCUACUGUUGAAUGGGUUACGCCGAUUGGACUCUCAUUUUGCUUCAGCCACGCCCCGUGCCUGGCGCGCCUCCUCUCUGCCUCCAUUCCGGUGCCUGCGAAUCGGGAACGCGGACGCGCACGUGACCCGAGAGAACCUGCCUACCAGCAAGCCUGGGCAGUGUGAAGGGUGGGGGCGCGCACGGAGCUGAGCCGGAGUCUGAAUGAGAGAAGAGAAAGAACCAGAAGCUCCGGGGAGAGGCGCUGACACCGUUAGACGAGCUUGUGGGAGCGCUGACAGAAUGAUGCUUUUGUUUCCGUGGAGAUGAAAUUAUCAGCACCUUGCCAUACACACAGAGGAGGAGGAGAGCACUGAUGGUGCAGAAGAAUGGACCUCUUGAAUGGCCAGUCCACCAAUACUCUACCAACUACUGCUUCAGAGAAGAGCAGCAGUUCAGAGUCAUUAAGUGACAAGGGCUCAUCGGAACUGAAAAAAAGCUUUGAUGCUAUUGUGUUUGAUGUUCUCAUGGUUACACCAGAGGAAUAUGCUAGUCAGAUAACACUAAUGGAUGUCCCUGUUUUUAAAGCAAUUCAACCAGAGGAAUUAUCAAGCUGUGGGUGGAAUAAGAAGGAGAAGUACAGUUCUGCACCCAAUGCUGUGGCCUUCACAAGACGCUUUAACCAAGUGAGUUUUUGGGUAGUUCGAGAGAUACUUCAUGCACAAACACUAAAAAUUCGAGCUGAGGUUUUGAGUCAUUACAUUAAAACUGCCAAGAAGCUGUAUGAACUAAACAACCUCCACUCUUUAAUGGCUGUGGUGUCAGGGCUUCAGAGUGCUCCGAUCUUUAGGCUUACCAAGACAUGGGCACUUUUGAGUCGUAAGGACAAAGCUACAUUUGAGAAACUGGAGUAUGUAGUUAGUAAAGAAGACAAUUAUAAACGACUAAGAGACUAUAUCAACAGUUUGAAAAUGACACCUUGCAUUCCAUACUUAGGUAUCUACCUUUCAGAUCUCACAUAUAUAGAUUCUGCAUACCCAUCUACAGGGAGCAUCCUAGAAAGUGAGCAGAGAUCAAACCUGAUGAACAACAUUCUUCGGAUAAUCUCUGACCUCCAAACAUCCUGUGAAUACGACAUACCUGUCCUGUCUCAUGUCCAAAAAUAUCUGAACUCAGUGCGGUACAUUGAGGAGCUUCAGAAAUUUGUAGAGGAUGACAAUUACAAGCUUUCAUUAAAAAUUGAACCGGGGACCAGCACACCUCGUACAGCAGCUUCAAAAGAAGACUUAGUUGGUCCAGAAGUUGGGGCUUCACCUACAAGCUCGAGGAAAAGCAUUCCAGUGGAAGGAGUAUUGCUACCACCAACACCUCCCUCUCCACGAAACCUGAUCCCCCAUGGGCACCGCAAGUGUCACAGUCUGGGAUACAACUUCAUACAUAAAAUGAACUCGGUUGAAUUUAAAAGUGCGACUUUCCCUAAUGCUGGGCCACGCCACCUUCUAGAUGACAGUGUAAUGGAACCCCACGCACCAUCACGAGGGCAUGCUGAAAGCUCCACACUUUCAAGUGGGAUAUCAAUAGGAAGCAGUGAUGGGUCUGAGCUCAGUGAGGACAUGCCAUGGCCAGCUUUUGAAAGGAACAGGUUGUACCAUUCUCUGGGUCCGAUGACAAGAGGGUCAUGGAAUGGAUAUCGAGGCCAGGUGAAGGCCAGCAGAACUUACCGUGCCCAACUUUCUAUGAGCAGGCCUAGGAUGCCAUCUUUUAAUCUCCGUUGCAUUCAGCUGCAGAGCUCCAGUUCCAAUGAGACAACAGAUCUGGCUGUUCAUUUGUGUCCUGAAGAGGUGGCUAUACAGGGAGUUCUGCGCCGGAAAACUGUACUAAAAGAAGGAAAAAAGCCAACAGUUGCAUCCUGGACAAAAUACUGGGCAGUUCUAUGUGGCACACAGUUGAUUUAUUAUGCUGCAAAAUCCUUGAAAGCCACUGAAAGAAAACAUUUCAAAGCUAUUUCUACAAAAAACAUUUCUGUUCUUGGCUGGAUGGCAGUGGUGGCUGAUGAUCCUGAGCAUCCCGAUCACUUCUUGCUUACAGACUCAGAGAAAGGAAAUUCCUAUAAGUUCCAAGCCGGUAGCCGUAUGAAUGCCAUGUUAUGGUUCAAACAUCUGAGUGCUGCCUGCCAAAGUAACAGACAGCAGGUGCCUGCCAACCUAAUGACCUUUGAGUGAUUUGGAGAUUUGUGGAUUGCGGAGUAUCACAACUUGUUCCCCUGAAAUAGCUGGAGGAGCUUAAGUUGUUUAGUCAUACAUAAGAAGACUCCGCUUUUCUGCCUCAGCAACUGUACGGUAGAGCAAUGAACAAAAGCAUCUAAUCUAGCUUGUAGCACUGAGCCGGGGGAAGUUGGAGAGAAUUUCCAGACACACAGUGUGUGUUUUUACUGCUGCAAGGGAAAUGGAGCAGUCCUGCAAAUGUGCAAUUUAUUCAGCCAUGGACCUCAUUCUGAGAAUACUUCUGUACAUAUAUAUAUAUAUUUUUUUUCUUCAACACUCACUGAACCAAUCUGUGCAAACCACUGCCUUAAAGACAAAAAAAUGUGUGUGUUGAAAAGUAACACCAAAUAGUGUGAGUCGGUGAGUGUAUUUACAGGUGUGUUACGUGCGCGUUCUGACUUUGUUGUUUGCUUUAACUUUGAUUGUAUGUCAAACUACAUUUUUGGACCUUUUGGUCCGAUAUUUUUUUUUUUCCGUUUGGUGAAAACAAGCAAAUCGGGUUAGUCUUGUGAAAGACGACAUGGAUUGUAGAAAGGACAGUGUUUUAGGUAGAAAACGGAAAAGGUUUAGGAUGUUGGUUAAAGAAGGUUGAUUUAGCGGCCACUGCUCUGCCUCAGUCUCACUGGGAUGUCUCUUUUGUCGUGCAGUGACAACAUGGCAGCAGCAGAUGGAUAUUGUUGUGUUAGGGCAGAGACAUUUGUAUUGUGUUGUUACAGGAAUGUGACUUUGUCCUGCUGAGAGCUGUCUCUCUGUACCUCUGAGUAUUCCUUACACGGGGGGACAGAUGGCGGCUGGUCUGUUUACAUCGAAUUGUAGUGUUACGAUUAAUUAUUCUACUAAUGUAUCUCUGAUGCAAAAAAUCCCCCCCCCCCACUGCCAGCAGUAUUAUCUUUUUUUAAGAUUGUUUUAGAUCUCUUUAAAUUUAGUUUUUAGGGGGUUUUUUUUUUUGCCCUUUUCAAUUUUUAAAGUUCUCUAUACCAAUUUAAUUUAAAGUGUGGCAUAUACUCCUGUGGUUUCUCUUAUUUAGACAUUGUCCUUUCUGUCUAUAGACCAGAGAUUACCAGCCUAAAGGACUCCAGCUGUUGUUAAACUGCACCUCCCAGCAUUCCCAUCUAGGGAUGCACCGAAUCCACUAUUUUGGAUUCGGCCGAACCCCCGAGUCCUUGCUGCUUUCCCAUGUAGCAGUGGAUGUGAGUGUUGGUAGCACUUUCAUUGUGACACUCACACAGGCAAAGACUUGACUCCCGAGACAGUCAUGAGCAGGAUGCGAGAGUGUUGCUUAUUGGAUGGUGAUAAAAGAAAAGCUUUCAGCUACUGACAGGUUCUGUGCGUUCUGCAUUUCAACUACAGGGAUGUUAGAGCUGCAAUUAUUGCACAUACAGAACUAGUGCUCGGGAGAGGCCUUGGACACAUUGGCAAAGUUUUUAAUACACCAAAUAUUAUUUACUGCUCACUGUUAUGGAAAGACGUGUUCCAAAAUGAAAGUCAAUGAUAACCUCUCACAAGCCCCAGUUACCCCUGCUGAAACUCUCUGCACUCCCUAAAUACGGGGCAAAGAGGGGAAGCAGAUGGGUGGGCUCAUUGAUCACACUCAAGGAAGGGGUGCGGCUGUUCUAGUGUUCAGUCUGUACUUUCAAUGGGUAGAGCCAAGUGCUUUGUGUAUGGGCGCUUGGCAAUAUGUGUUCCCUGUAGUUCUCACGCCCCAACUAAAUAAUUCCUAAUGCCUCUAAAGAGACUUUUAUUUAACCCUGUCCAGUCUGGCAUUAGAAUAUUUGUACACCACAAGCUAAACGUUUCUGCACCGGUUCCAUAAUGGUGUUAGAAAAAAAAAUUUGUAUUGCCGGGGGUGGUAGAAGUGAUAUGUUUUGUAAAAAUCCUUCCCAACUAUAGAAAAGUGGAAUGUUGGAGCAGUAAUUUAGACCCAUAGAACACAAACAUAAAACAGUUCUAGUUCUGGCUUUAUACAAGGACAGCCAAUCAGGAAAUCAAGUUGAAUUUUUGGUUUUAGCAAUAUACUGGGGUCAUUGCUGGUUUCUGAGCUCUCUGGAUAACUGGCGUGUGUAUAAUGGAUCCCAUGCAUUUCUAUACUACUAUUUUCCUCACUAUUUUUCAGCAAAGUCUCGUAUAUCGAUUGCUGUCGGCACUGUGAUGUUCUUGGGUUGUUUUUGAGUGUUAACUGGCACAGUGCCCCCAGCACCUCUGUGUAACACCAGCACCCCCUAAUCCUGCUCCCCUCCUCCAAUAACUCCAGUCUCACUGACACCCCCCAGUCCUUGUGCACUUUGACAUAUAAGCUAAAUAGAUUGUUUACAAGCACCUAAAUGCUUCACCUUUGAAUUGAACUACUUCUGUCUCAUAUUGACUGUAUGACACUAAACUGGCUCAUCUGUCCUUAAAUGUCUGUUUUAAGCUUUGUCUCUGCACAAUAAAGGAGUUUAUUUUUAUUUUUACUGAUCAUAGAGCCAGAACAAUACAGGAAGCCAGGGCUUUUCUACAUGAUUCACUAAACACUUAACUGAGUGCUGUGUAAGGUCUAUUGUUGGAUGCUGGGAGUCAUUCAGCAACAGUUGGAGAGGUGCAGCUUUUUUAACAACGCUCAAUAUAGUUUGUUGCACAUUGUAAGGAUUUGCAGUUUUACCAAGCGCAUGUUCUAUCCAAGGGGCCCCCACUGUGACUGGAGACCCAGGGCAGAUCCUGUAUCUAUGUAACAUUCAGUAAUAUGGAAACUGAGAGGCUGCACCCAGUGUCACUAUCCCCAUCUCUUCUCCUUUGUCAUUUACUUUUGUGUUUUUGAUACGUUAGGCUUUGUGUAUUCUCCAACUUGCACCCUAUCAUUUCCAUUUAUAUGAUUAUCAUUAUUGUACUGACCUACACCUUCUGCUUGUGAUCAAAUCUCCUGGUAUAGAAUCCAUCCAGUUUAGUGAAACGGGAAGCCUUGUUUCUGCAGUGAACAUGCUGGAGGCACGAACAUAUAUAUCAUUACUCUUAUCCCUAGAUUUAAUGUAGGAUUAUAGAUCACAGUCAUAGGUAUGGCAAUAUUGGCAAGGUUUCACUUUAAAAUGAAUGAGCUAUCAUUUUGCUAUAGAAAUAAUUUGUAAUAGAAAGAGCUGAAGUUGAGAGCACAAUGUUGUUUGCCCCCCACUAGACUAUUGUCGCUGCCUAUUGGCUCUAGUAGCCAGGAGAUGCCGAGUCCAUGCCCAUGUGCAGAGCAGACGGUGACCGUGCCUCUUGGCAUUGAGUUUGCUCAUGAGCUGCAGGGAGAGAAAUAGGGUUAAUGCUAGUGCCUUAACCAGACCUUUAAAGUGGGAACAUCUUUGUACAGUGGGUUGUACUUUGUAAUUUUUUUUUCACUCCUGACAGCAAUGGAAAUCUAAAUUCCUGGUUAAUCCUUCGGAUGUCAAAGUGAUUAGCUAAUGCUAGCUCGGGGGCUCAGAGAGUGGGCUUUGUCUACGUACUGUAUAUGUCCCUAGAGCCAGAGAGGAAAAUAUUAUGUAAUAGCUUAUGCAGAGAUCACUUCUAUUGUAUUUGCCAAAUAUAACUUGGGCACUAAAUCUUCAAGAUGAAGAAAAAAAAUUGCAGUAAUGGCACAUGGGUUUCUUUUAUUAUUUCCUUUGGCACCAAGAGGCGUCGGUGUUACAGACCUGCCUUACACUGAGGGGUUACCCUGUGCCUCACUUGUUUCACAUGGUGGGAAUCUGCAUAAUGAUCUGUCCCAGUGAUGUGCGGUUCCUAAUCGUUGAUUUUAAGCGUGUGUGUGUGUGUGAGCACUUUGAAUGUGUUUGUGUCGGAUAUACACUGUCUCAAGGUUCUGAUUUCCUACUGAAAAUAAAAAAACUUACCUAAA